UACUCGGCAAAAAGGAAGACGCUGACACAGCUAUCGCGCCAUGGUGUGUAGCGCCUUAUUGUGGGAGCGGGUAAGGCGGCACCUACGCCCCCAGUUGGCCCGGCGCUUGGUGCGAAAGGUGUAAAAUCCAUGGAUUUCUGCAAGGAGUUUAACGCUCGUACGGCACACAUCUCCCCCGGAACGCCGAUCCCAACCACGAUAAUUGUUCAACCUGACCGCACGUUUGCGUUCGUGACAAAAACUCCAACGACGUCGUACCUGCUAAAGAAGGUCACUGGGAUUGAGAAGGGACCUGCACAUCCAAGCCAGAUCCUCGCUACCAUCAGUCUCAAGCAUGUGUAUGAAAUUGCAAAAAUAAAGCAGACUGAUGCACACUUGAGCCAACUCCCACUGGAAAGCAUUGCACGAAUGAUUAUUGGGACCGCAAAAGCGCUCGGGAUACAGGUGAUUCCUUGAACAUGCGCCUAUUCCUCUCUUUGACCCGAUAAUACCAUUUGCGUGUGAGUAGCACGUGUACCAUGGAUCCCAAUUAAAGGGUGCUUAAUCAAGAUCAAUUUUCCUUUUGUAGCGUCCUGUUUCGCGGAAAUUGAUCGAAUGAAGGACAGAUGGCCCGCCUUCGUCGUGGGUGACGCGCGGUGCAUGCGGGAAACACUGGUGAUCACGGGCUUCAGGAGAUGUUUGGCGUCUCUUGAUGCUCGACAACGGGUGUGAUCUAAAUGGUUGUGCCGCACCGGAAAUGGCACUGUGUGCUAUGAAGGAG